AAGGGGUAAAUAAAGACAGCGACAUCUACAUCCGGGAAAAUAUGGCGACCGAAAACAUUUUAGGAACCGGCGAGUUGUGGAGAAAUGGGCCUGCUCCAGGUUCCUUAUAUCAAUUUCCUGGACAUAAGCCAUCUCAAACCAGCUCACAGAUUGGACCAGCAAAGCGUACGAUGGCUCCCACUGUCACUGGUACCUCUGUGCUGGGCUUGAAGUUUAAUGGUGGCGUGAUCAUAGCGGCAGAUAUGCUUGGAUCAUACGGUUCACUAGCCCGUUACAGGAAUCUCUCCCGUCUACUCAAGGUCAACAACAGUACAGUGAUUGGCUGUGGUGGUGACUAUGCCGACUUCCAGUUCCUCAAGUCCACUAUUACUCAGAGAGUUAUAGAUGAGGAAUGCUGGGAUGACGGAUUUCAGUACACACCAAAGUCUCUGUUCUCCUGGAUGACCCGGGUUAUGUACAACCGACGAUCAAACUUUGACCCUCUGUGGAACACAUAUGUAGUUAGUGGAAUGCAGGAUGGUGAGCCAUUCCUGGGUUACGUAGACAAGAUUGGUGUGGCCUAUGAAGCUCCCACUGUGUCGUCUGGCUACGGCUCCUAUAUCGCCCAGCCACUGCUGAGGGACGCCUAUGAAAAAAAUCCCAACAUGACCAUGGCAGAAGCAGAACAGCAGAUUGAGAGAUGUAUGAAAGUGCUUUUCUACAGGGACGCUCGUUCAUUAAAUAAGUAUGAGGUAGCUGUUGUAACAAAAGAUGGAGCUAUGGUGAAGUCAAAUGUAGAGGCCAAGGCUAACUGGGAGAUAGCACAUCUAAUCAAGGGCUAUGAAUGAUGAACACAUUUGUUUAAUGGAAGAAUUGUGUGCUGUAUGAAAAUUGUGGAGAAUGGACUUAGACUUUCUCAACUCUAGUUCUCAGUUUAAGUCGAAACAAAUCUGGAAUCUUCAAUAUGUUCAUUUUUGUGAUGUUAGGAUUUUUUGAGAACUAUUUCAUCAACAGUUGACUUUAGUGCUAACAUCUACAAGUACUAAAUAAUGUGACAGAAGAUGGAGUAAUUGUGGGAGUACAUGGUGAAACAUUGUUUAUAUGUAACAAUGGAAAUAUCUAUUGAUAUGAUAAACUAUAUGACAUGGUAAUGCUUGUGAGAGUAUGUGAUAUACUGUUGUAAUAAAAGUAUGAACUAUU